GGUAAAGUAAGUUGUGUACUCAUUAUUCUAUAUAUGUACAAUCAGCUUUCGUUAAGCAGCAGGAUAGAAGUGGGGACAAUUUCGAAGUGGGGUAAAGAAACCACUUAGGCCUUCGAAAACAAAAACCCUUUCGUUGUAGUAGUUUGUAGUGUUAACGCUACACGCUGCAACCCUUAUAAAAUUUUUGCGGAUGAGUGCGGGUCGCAAAAAGUCGUGAAUUUGGCGCAAAUAGUUUUUGAAAAAGUUUUUAAUGACUUAUUACUGGACCGAUGGAUAGUGAACUUGCAACUGUUGAUGAUUCGCGCUCUUCGUCAGCAUGUUCUGUAGUGCGUAUGUCACCGAAAACCGUUGCGACGACUCCAGUUCCUUCAGCGACGCCUCCUAUCACCACGACGCCUCUAUUUCCUCAAACCACCGCCAGUCCGCUAUCACUCUUCUACAGGAAUUCUUCUCCUUCUAUUCUCAAGAAAAUUAUGAGCAAAAACCACAACAAAACAAUUUAUCCGACGUCCUACCCAUCCAAUCUCGCUGAACUUCAACUUUUUCGUGUGAUGCAAAACGCAUCUCUACUAUUCUACUACGACACAUUGUUAGAAAUGGGUGGCGAUGAUGUCCAUCAGCUUUGUGACGCUGGUGAAGAAGAGUUCUUGGAGAUAAUGUCGUUGGUAGGUAUGGCAUCAAAACCCUUGCACGUUAGAAGGCUUCAGAAGUCUCUUCAAGAAUGGGUUUCAAAUCCUAAUAAGUUCAAAACUCCCCUCAUACCUGGAGAAGAUUUCGAUGUCGAAAUAUCAAGUCCAAGAAUAUCCAGCAAUUAUGGAUACCAAAGCACUAUAGAAGCAAGUAAUCAAGAAACAAAUAAAAUACCAUAUACAAUUCCUAUAAGUGGAGAAUCCUCUUCUUUGCCAACAACUGCUAAUUCUAGUCUUCACAUAAUGUCUAAAAGGCCUUAUUCGCCUCUCGAUGGACCAUCUUGUCCGCCGUCUUCUAGUUCGAGUCCUGGUGCAAGUUCAUCAUCAGUUAACAUCAUUCCCACUUUAACGGAACUUCAAAUUGCCAAAAUUGCCGCAGCUGCAGAAAAAAUAAGCAAACAGUUGCCACAAGUUGAACCCAAACCGUUUAGUAAUAAAAAGAAAAUGUGUAAAGAACUCGAUCUGGUUAUGUCGAUGUCUGAACAUGAUCCAAAAAGAAUGGAAGAAAUUAGACGGUAUGCUGCUAUUUAUGGCAGAUUUGACUGUAAAAGAAAACCUGAAAAGCAACUAACAUUACAUGAAGUAUCAGUAAACGAAGCUGCUGCUCAAAUUUGUAGAUUUGUACCAAGUUUGCUUACAAGAAGGGAUGAACUGUUUCCUUUAGCCAGACAAAUAGUCAAAGAAUCUGGUUUAAAUUAUUCCAAAACUCACGUUUCUUCGUCAAUUUCAAAUAAAUUUUACGGCGAAAUUUCGGAAACGCAACAUGGAAUGAAAAUCGGUUUAAAACAUUCACUUUCCGAAAGUGAACAGUCAGUCGAUAAAAAAAUAAAGUUGGAUAUUGAUGGAAAAUCAGAUUUAUCCAAUUCGUCGUACAGCAAUACUGGAUCAGCAGGGGGUUUUGAUGCAGCGAAUUUUUCAAAAAUCUUUCAGGAUAACCACGAAGCGUGCUUAGCCCAGUCACCUAUAAGACUCUUUUUUCAACAUCAUUCAAAGAACAAUAAUUUAAAGGACAGUGGAGGUCGAAACGUUUCCUCUACAGAAAACGAAGACAGUUUAGAAAAUUCUUUUGUUUAUAGCAAUUGCAGUUCUCCAGUACAGGUAACUGACAAUGAUAACGAUAAUACAUUAACAGGAAAUGAUAGCAAUCAGACGGGCGAAGACAAGAAGGACGCCGAAAUACGAAACGAUCACAACAAGAUGUCGCCAAAUAUUCAAGUAAUAGCUGCAAGUGGGGACAAUAUAAUUGCUGUGGCAAAUCCUGCUUUAGUUAUGUCAACAUCAAUUAUACCAAGAAAAUUGGAAAAUUUAUCGUAAAGUCCCCAUAAAUUUUCG